CUCACUUAACUGUAAAAGUGUAAAAUGCCUGUCAAAACUUGUCACUCAGCCACACAAGACAAGAAAAAAUCAGUCCAAAGAACUCAACGACGAUAUUGGAUCCCUUUUUGCAUAAAGAAAAAUUCAAUAAAAUCACAAUAAAAACCAACUAUUCCAAUUAAAAAUCCAUUCGGUACAAACACAAAGUGCGUCCAUAAACACUUUCCCACUCCAAUCAGAUACAAAUCGCAUCCCAAUUGACCUCGCGCUCUCAUCAAAGACCUCAUUGCAAAAUCGUGAAAGAAAAAUAAGAAAAGAAGAAAACACCACUACCCGCAGUAGCAGCUAUCGGAAUCAGUCCAACCAGAUACCAGACCUGUGACCAGGAGAGAAAUUUCCAAGGAAAAGUGAAUCACAAAAUAAAUAGAAAUAUGAGUAGGACUAUAAUUUAAAUAACAAUUCUUGAAAUUGUUUCGCUAAACAGAAUUAAACUAAACUAAACCAAAGAUGAUGUAAACUUGUGUGUAAAAGAAAAACAAAUAGGAAGGCAAGAAACAAAAAAGAAAAAACGAAAAACGAAACAGAUUUUGCCCAGACCCGUGUGCUGCCCGCUUCCGUGCGGGGGGAAAUGAAGUGUUUGCAAUGGGGUCACAAACCUUGGAGAUACUUCGCCAAGGCGUGUGGGCCUCUCUAACCGGAGGCUACUUCUACGAUCCGCAUCAGGAUUCGUUUUGCAAUAUUGUGCAUUUGUAUCUUUGGCUAUUUUUGCUCUGCACUCCCUUUGUAGCGUAUUUGUAUUUUCCAAAAACCCUGAUAACAUGGGGAACGUAUUGCUUCUCUACCACCCUUGUCAUAACCUCGGUGAAACUUAUCAACAUGGCCUUGCACCGAUUGUACGACAAGGCUCAAGCCAUGUCCGAAUCCAACUUGAAGAAUCCAUUUUUUAAGGGCUCCAAGGAUAUUGAACGGGAAGAAGAAUGCGGAAUUGAAAUGCAAGUGUUGGGAAAUGAUCUCCCCUCAAGGACGUCAGUUGAUCAAGCAAUUGCUGCCAGUGAUGAAAACAGUAUUUUAUCAAUGGAAAAUAUCAAUAGCACCAUUGAUUUAAAAGUUGAUGUUCAUAGGAAAAACAGUUCAGAAUCAGUUGAAAGUAUAUCGUUUUAUGCGUCCUCCAUAUUGCCAGCAACCUCGAACACCCACAACAUAGCCACAACCUACUACAAGGAUCCUUCAAUAUCUACGUCACAUUCGAUCACGAUUCAGCCACAUCCGUGCUCGUCACGCGGUAGUGGGGCAGUGGCCAAAAGCAAAUCCGAGCUGAACACUAAAUACCUCGCAGUGUAUCCAGAGCACGACGAUCAACCGAAAGCACAAGAUUCAUGUUCCUCAUUAAGUCAUCAUCGCAACAAAAACGACGACCAGAAGCCACAGGAAGACGGUUGCACCGUCGUAGCUGGUGGUGCCGGUGGUAGUCGAAGAAGACGGACAAGGCUCCGUUUGGAGCGACAAAACAGCUUAGAUGCUGCCGCUGAAUCAAGUAUUUUAUCCCGCAUCGAGAGAAUUCCCCGCGAUUCCAUGAAACCAAUUAGCAAUUCCUGUAGUCAUCAUCACAAUACAAACACAACACUCAGCAAAUCAACGAGACUUCAAAGGCAUCGCAGCUCUGAGACGCACGACGAACGGCAGAAGCACAACAGCCGACAUUUGUUCCUUCCCAUUCAUCAUGAGCAACCGCAAUCGUCGUGGAUCCUGGGCUCGUCAUCGGACAUGUACCUGGAGGACAAUUGCUACACAAAGUCCGAUCUGGGCAUUGAGAAAAUCGAAGGUAACGUCAAUCGCAACAAGGUGGGCUAUCUUAUGCUUCAGCAUCCUCACCACCAUCAACAGACUCCAAUGAGAAAGGACUCGAACAGCACAAUGUCAGCCCUGCAGCUGCCGGUGACGGCUGCUGUGUCCAUCAACCCAAAACAAAGUAGUAUGAAAAAACGAAGACAUUCCAACGCAACCUCGCUGUAUAAGGUGCAGCAUGCUCCUUCCACAUCGGGUGCGUCUACGGUGCGGCGGAUCAAGAGCGCUGCGCUUGAGAUUUCUUGCCCCCAUCCAUCGGUGUCGAAUUUAACACCGCAUCCGAACAGCGUGGAGGCGAUAUCGGGACAGCAGAUCAAGAAUCCGCUAUCAGCUUUAUUGCCUCCACCGAGUAAGUGCCUUGUAAGGAACCCACACCUCAAUCUCUGCCCCAAGUUCGGAAGCUUCACAAACUCCAAUAUGGCCAUUAUGGAGCCAGUCUAUCCGAUUGUGGAGCAGGCCGACGAAAAGACAUCUCUGGACUUGGACAGUUUAGAAAAAGUGACUGUGGAUGAAGAGGAUGGCAGUAAUCGGGGUGAUGACGACGAUGAAGGAGACGGCGAAGAAGCAGAAGGCGAUGACGAAGACGGUGGGAAAGAUGUCGAAGCAAACGGGGAAGCUGAAGCGAUAUCCAAUCAACAACAAAACGCAACGCAACGGCAACGUUGCUCAACAACCGAAUCCGAAUCUGAGGUAGAACGCCCGCGGGCGCACUCAACAGACUCUGAGACUGACAAUAACGGCUCCCGUUCACCUCUCCUAACCAAAUCUAUGACCAAUAACCAGAAACAACCAAAACCUCUUGUCAGUAUUCGACAGCACAUCAUCGACAUAAACCGCCAACAUAACGGCGAAGGCGGUGACUCUGGCUGUCCAUCCAGUGAUUGUGAGCAAGUGAGCGCCAGUUCCAAGGACAUGCUGCUCGCGAUCGAUGUAAAUUAUCCUGCUCCAAUGGAGCAAAUUCCAAUUCAGGUUGAUCAAAUUGAAGUGCACCACGACGACGCUGACGACGAGAAGGCUACAACUUCGGCUAAAGCAGCUGGAACGAUGGAUGCAACUUCAAAGAAUCUCGGUGCUAUUCCAAAGGUCGUCAAAUACAGGGAAAUUAAUGAGACCGGCGGCGGCGAUGAUACGACUGUCGACGGAGAGGAUAACCUCGAUCAGCAAGUGCACAAGCGCAAAAUUGCCAGUCGGACAUCUUCAUCCACGUCCUCAAGGAGUUUGAGUGAAGAGAGUUUUUCCAAUGACAUCUACAAGACUUUGUACAAAGACCACUGGGUAAUGUACAGCAGUAAUGGUGGACAAGCGAGCAAUACGGCUUCCUCUGCGAUAUCGCACCCGCACCACCAUCAACACCAUCAACAUCAACAUCAUCACCAUUAUCCUUAUUCCAAUAACGAAGCGCAAGCGGGACUCGGCAUAGCCGGUGGCGGUUACGCUUUCGACGGAGAGUACAUGUUGCCCCUGUCCGAUCGUGUGAUGUACAUGCGCGAGAAACUGAGGCGUUCUUCCAAGCAAAUCUCAGAUCCUGGCGGCAACUCGUCAAUUCUCGAAGAGGAAUUCCCCCCAGUCACUCUGCUUCCACCAAACCGGACUGCAGCGGCUGCACUCUCCAUCCAGGGCUUGAUAAGCGACUUUGAAGACUCGUCAGCCGCCGCCGGUGACCAGAACCGUACUAGGUGUGGCACUGCGGCCAUGUUGAAUGUAGAACCGCAUUAUUGUGAUUACUGGCGACCAGCGUGUAGUCUUGCGACUGCAGCAGCGGUAGAGAAGGCAGCCCAACCCAAACGCUUCUACAAAUACCAACUGAAGCUGCUAGGGGGCCAUCACGAAGUUAAGAUCGAGAUGGACCGUCUGCAACUGCUCGCCCUGUUUGACCGUGACCUGCACUGGUGUCAAGUGCUACUGGCGAUUGUACUCUCCACUGGCGUAUCAUUCUUCGGCGCCAUCAUUCUGCAGCUCGAGUACUAUAGAGAUUUAUGCGCAUUUUUGUUUUGCGCCGUGAUAGCGGGGAGUCAGUACUCGCUGGUGAAGAGCGUUCAGCCCGAUGCCGCCUCGCCUAUCCAUGGAUUCAACAAGACUGUUGCUUAUUCGCGGGCAAUUUAUUUUACUGUGUGUUCGGCUUUGCUACUCCUGCUUCAUCAUACGCUGCAAUGCGAUGCAGAAACCGAAACCGCCGCUAUCAUUCAUCAAAAAUUUAAGUUCUUCGGGAUCGUUUUCGUGCCGGAAGUUGUGUUGGGCAUGUUGCUGGACAUAAUGUGCAUAGUUUUGCUAAGUUUCCCCGUCAUUUUCAGCCUGGGCCUCCUUCCUCAGAUCAACACCUUCUCCAUGUACUUCCUCGAACAGAUGGACAUGCAUAUAUUUGGGGGAAAUGCCGAUAGUAGUCUGUUAGGGGCGUUUCUUUGCGUGAUUCGAUCAAUGCUGGGCGUGAUGUUGCUCUACGGACCAUUGUAUGCUGCUUUGAUAGAAGGCAAGGGCACCCAAUUCAUUCUGUUCUCGAUAUUUUGUGGAAUGCUCAUUCCGCUUGGCUAUCAUCUAUCCCGAUCAGCCAGUGAUUUCAGUCACUUGUGGGCUCUUAUUAAAACCAGUAUCGCCAGCACAUACCGCGACGAUGAUGAUGAAUCGAGUGGAAAUAGUAAAGUGGAGAAACCAACAACGACGGUUACUAGUGGCGAACAAAUCGAAAUGUCCUCAAUGGAAAAGAAACCUACCGAGGAUGUUUCAUGUGAGAAAAAUAGCUCGGCUGAUGUAGAGAGACCCUCAGCUUCAGUGGAAGUGGAAGAAGACAAAACAUCCACUGGCACUACAACCCAACCAGAUGUCUCAACUCUAACCGGCUCCGAUUCGGAAUCGCCCGAUCCUCUGCCAAAGAAACUUCAGUACACAGUCAAUACCCGCCUCAAGAAUGAUCUCGUCGUGACAACACUUCUGGCGACGAUAAUGUUUGGCCUGCAUUGCAGUACCGUUUUUACGGUCCUACAACCAGAUCUAAAUGUCGUUCUUUAUUGUUUCGCGGGUGUUUUUGGUUUAUUGCUGCACUAUGUGAUUCCGCAGAUGCGCAAACACAUGCCAUGGUUGUGUUUUGCCCGUCCAAUUCUGCGACAGAACGAGUUCGCCCAAUUCGAAGUGUCCGAUGCUGCCAAGGUGAUGUGGUUUGAGAAAUUAUACAUCUAUUUGUGCAUGGUGGAGCGUAAUGUGUUGUUUCCGCUGAUAGCGAUAUCAGCACUUACCGCUGACUCAAAAGCAAUUGCUGAAAAAUUCGGUGUGGAAUGGGGAACGCUUAUAAUUGCCGUAUGUUCCAUGAAAUUUGUUCGGAACUCUUAUUCGGAUGCAACCAAUCAGUACCUGAUCAUAAUAUUCACGGUGCUUUUCUUUAAAGUUGAUUUUGUAUUUGCCAGCGAAACAUUUCUGAUUGAUUAUUUUUUCGUUUCCUUGGCCUUUCGAAAAUGCUGUGAUUUUUUGUUAAAGCUUCAAUUUAUUGUAACGUAUAUAGCCCCAUGGCAAAUAACAUGGGGUUCUGCAUUUCAUGCUUUCGCACAACCCUUUAGUGUUCCUCAUUCAGCAAUGUUAUUUUUGCAAGCAGGAGUCAGUGCAGUUCUAUCCACACCACUGAAUCCCUUUCUAGGGAGUGCGAUUUUUCUCACCUCCUAUGUACGUCCUAUAAAAUUUUGGGAACGUGACUAUAACACUCGGCGCAUAGAUCAUUCAAAUACUCGACUAAGUUCACAAUUAGAACGCGAUCUUGGAGCUGACGACAAUAAUUUGAAUAGCAUAUUUUAUGAGCAUUUAACUAGGUCCCUGCAACAUUCUCUGUGUGGGGAUUUAUUGAUGGGCAGAUGGGGAAACGUAAAUCAGGGAGAUUGUUUUGUUCUAGCCUCAGAUUACCUGAAUUGUUUGGUUCACAUUAUCGAAUUGGGCAACGGACUGUGUACAUUUCAAAUGCGAGGUCUGGAGUUUCGUGGAACCUACUGCCAGCAACGUGAAGUAGAAGCCAUCACUGAGGGCGUCGAAGACAAUGAUGGAUGUUGUUGCUGUGAUCCUGGCCAUUUGCCUCGAAUGCUGAGUGCGAAUGCCAUGUUUUCUACUCGUUGGCUAGCAUGGCAGGUAGUGGCGGCACAAUAUGUCCUUGAAGGCUAUUCGAUUUCGGAUAACUUGGCAAGUGCAACUCUGCAGGUUUUUGAAUACCGAAAAGUUCUCAUUACUUAUUACAUUAAGAGUAUAAUUUACUACGUAGUUAAGAAUCCAAAGGCUGAACGAUGGCUCUUAGCCUCAGGACCCAUUCAAGACUCUCUCGCGGAUACCCUCAAUAGGCAAUUUGUUGAUUUGGAUCCAAUUUUCAAUUAUAACUUAGACGAGGACUUUGAUCUUCGAGCAUUGGGUAUAACCCGCUCGAGUUUUUGUUCAGUCUAUCUGAGUUGGAUUCAAUUCUGCUGCGAUAAAAAAAAAGAUUUAUUGGUCCAACCAAAACAGCAACCUACUGACGCGUCAGUUACUAAAGAAACUAUCAAAACAGAACCAAAACUGCGAAGAGCAACACCUACUGAUCAUCCAAAACCACUGCCAAGCAAAUCUCCUACGAUAGCAAGGGACUCUCCGAUCGUCUCGCUAUGUCUGGCUUUGGGAUUACUCGCACGCCGCUCGCUAGCGACGGCCAGUCAUAGUUCUCUAACCGGAGUUGAGUUCUUCUUACAUGGCCUGCAUGCAUUGUUUAAAGGUGACUUUCGAAUAACAUCGCCGCGAGACGAGUGGGUGUUCGCGGACAUGGAUCUCCUGCAUGCUGUUGUAGCUCCAGCUGUGAAAAUGGCACUCAAAUUGCAGCAGGAUCAUAUAUCAAAUCCUGAUGAAUACUUGGAUCCUGCUGCUUUACAUGAGGCGAUCACAUCGUAUUCGAAAGAUUUGGUAAUUUCCCAUGAAGCCGAUCCGGUUUGGCGUAGUGCAGUGCUGAGAGGAGCUCCCAAUCUUCUCGCUCUGCGACAUGUCAUGGAAGACGGCUCCGAUGAGUAUCGAAUCAUUCGGCUAACGAAGCGAUUCCUUAGUUUUCGCGUGAUCAAACUCAAUAGAGAGUGCGUGCGCGGCCUGUGGGCGGGCCAGCAGCAGGAGUUGAUUUAUUUGCGGAAUCGUAAUCCCGAACGUGGAAGCAUACAAAAUGCAAAACAGGCCUUACGAAACAUAAUUAACUCGUCAUGUGAUCAGCCAAUAGGCUACCCAAUAUAUGUAUCCCCGCUGACGACGUCCUAUGCCGAUACAAACGAUCAGUUGUGCAGUGUGAUUGGGGGUCCCAUUACACUGGAAUCAAUAAAAACAAAUGCUAUUGCUUGGUGGCAUCGUGUGCGGGAAAGAUGUCGCGAAGGUUGCAGUAGCGGAAGUGCGACAGUUGAAUCAACUGGUGACACAAUUCCAGACAUUCCUUCGGUGUACUUUUCGCCUGCGACAGCUAACAAUCCCAGCAGCAUAACAUAUGGAAGUCAAAGCUUAGCCACACCCGCAACAAGAAGUGGUCUGGUGGGGAUGCAUAAGCCAACGAGUUCAACUCUUUUGGCUGGCUUGCUGAAUCGUGAGCGAGAGAGCCAGGAUAACCCACCCGCACUUCGAGAGCAACGGAUACGAAAAGGUCCACCCUAUAUACCACGAGGUGAUCGUGAGAGGCGAGCCACUCUGCCAAUAACUAGUGGUAUAAGUACAAAUGGUGCUGACUCAUCAAGAGAACUAAAUGAAUCAAUGGGCGGCAGUAGCACUACUUCCGAACUACGUCGGACAGAUUUCUCGGAAAGCAGUCAAUAUACAAAGAUGUCGACUUCGUCGGGGAAUCUGGGGAUAGGAAAUAUCAUUACCACGCCAGGAGACUAUCCCAGGAAGUCAAAAGGUCCAAUAAGUUUGACUCGAACAGAGAUUAAGUCAGAGGAUAGUAUAACCUCGCCCAUAGAGCUAAAUAAAAAGGUCAUAAUAGUAGAUGGCAUGGAGAUCUAUGACUGUCUAGAUAUGGGUCGCCGCAUUGACGUAGUUUGGCCAAGCGAAAAAAUGCGGGCGAAUGGUGGCAGACUUUCUUGGAAUGACUGGUCACCGCAAGAAGGAAUGGUCGGAUAUGUAGUGCACUAUUGGUCGCCAAAUCAUGCCGACCAACGAUUUCGAUCGCAUGUGAAUCGGACGUUAUAUUUGAUAGAGAUCGGUGAACAUUAUGUGCCAGUUGGCGAAAGGGGUAUUAGAGAAUAUAACCAAAUAAUUGACAACAGAGAAAGUAUUAGUCGCUCGUCAACAAUAACAAACGCAAUCGAGUUAGGAUCACCCCCCGAGGAGGUUGGCACACCAGUGACAACAGCCAAUAGUGCCGAACAAGUCGUGGAAACCAUCGACCAGGAGACCACCAUGAGCGAAUCAAUGACUGAACUAACAACGAGCGAAGUAUGACAGGUACCUAUGAUCACGUUCCCUCCGGCUCUGCCGCCGCCACCAUUGUCGUCGUCUGCGUUGCUAUCGGAGUACCAAUUAGGCCAAUCAAGCUACCCUCAUGUAUGGCGCUUGUCUUAACUCGACGCCCAUCUUUACCCUCUCUCUCUCUUUUUCAUCUUAGAUUCUUUUUAUUCUUCCUGUACAUAUUAAAUGCAAAGCAAACCAAUCUGUAAAAAAAUAUUAACCAUACAUAAAAUAUAUAUAUUUACAAGUACUCAAUAAAUAUUAUAGUUUUGUAGAAGAAAUAAAAUAUAGUUAAUAAACAAACAAACAAAAAUAAACAACUAAGCAAAUAUCAAUUGAUUAUAAAGGUUAAAUAAAAUAUAACAAAAAUAAAAAUAUAUAUAUUAUGGAUAAGCUCUCAUGUUGCCUUAAACGAUUAGACUGAUUUUCUAUAUUUUAACGGAUUCAUUGUCAUUUUAGAAAAGAAAAAAAUACACAAAAAUAUUAAAGCAAAACAAAUAAACAAAAAAUGUAGCCUAGACAAAUAAAAUAGAGGUUGCAGAUAGAAGAACUCAUAAUCAUUCUUCUUCUUCUCCUUCUUUUUCACAAAAAUAAAAAACAAAAAAAAUACAAACACAAAAAGAAAACAAAUUAAAUUUAAGAAAAAAAAUUGUAUUUUUGAAUUGUAAAUAGUUAUGGUUUUUUCGUUUCUCAAUAAGUUUAUCAUAAAUCAUUUUACACACCCUCUACCCCAACCCCCAAUCAAAAAAAAAACACUCUUUAAAAAAGCAAGUGUCUCCUAUCCAGAAAUUUGUUCGUUCAUUUCUAAAACAAAUGAAAAAGCGACUUUUAAGGCUUAUUCCCAUUUUCUUCUUCUUCUAAUAUACAAACAAAAAAAAAAACAAAAAUGAUAACAUUUAAAUUCUAUCUCUUCUAAAAUUAUAUAAAUAAUACAACAAAAUACCAAAAUGCAACACACAAAAAUGAUACUUAUUAUAAAAACAAAAAUUGAAUUAUAUAAAUUUUUAACAGUUAAUUACUAAAUAAAUUAUUCAUUGAAAAGUAGAAAAAAUAAAAAUGCUGAACUAAAUUAAAAAAAGAAAAUUAUAUGAAGAAUUGAAAAUUAAAAAUUAGGAAAACAAAAAAAUGCUGAACUAAAUUAUUAGAAGACACUCACACACAAAUGAAGAGAAACGUAUACAUUUAAAGGAAAUAAACAAUUAUUGCAUUCUAGUGUAUUUAUUUUAAAUUAACAAAACAAAACAAAACAAAAAUUAAAUUUAAAAAAAAAAAUAGAAAAAAUAAUAAAAUAAACUUCAAUAAACAAACGAAAUAGAGUUACAUAGGAAAAAAUUAAUGCAUAUAUAAAUAAUAAUUAUUAUCGAAAAUACUACAAGUGUUAUGUAUAUAGAAACAAAUAAUACAAAUUCAGCAAAACAUUUAUUUAAUGAUAUUUCUCGUAAAUGGAUCCAAUAAAAAUUAUAAUUCAAAAUCUCUU